CUCAACGACACUACCUCUGGUGCACUCGUGUCGCCAUUCAUACGGCCAGCGAAUGCCGAUUAUGACCGCGAUUUCGGUGCCGUUUCCCACCAUUUGUGCGAAACACUGACCGACACUCAGUUACGUGACUUAACACAUAAGGUUCGCGAGCACUUCGACGAGAGUAAGAUCCGGGAUCUGUUGGCUAAAGACUGGGAUUAUAGGGCGGCCAAACGGCGGAUCAAUCAGUUCUUCGGCGAUCUCAACAAGUUUGCGGUGUUUGAGGUGACGCUCAAAGAGUUGUCCCAAAUCGCAGUGUCUCUGCCCAACGAUGUCUGCAAAAACAGCACCAGUAAUGACACCAUCGGUUCCGUUGACGGCGGCGAUGAAGACCUGACCAAUAGUGGCCACAACGAGACCGCGUCGGAGACACCCGACCAGCAGAAGAAGAAUAACAUCGAGGGUUUGGUGCGAGUGUUUCUGAAGAUGCAGGAGACUAUAUGCGGACCCAAACCGGACCCAAAGCCCGACAAAAAGCACUCGUCCAACGAUACGGAUCCGCACGAAGACCCGGACGACGAGCCGGUGAACCAAUUCAUCAACGAUCAGAAGAUGUUGUUGAAUAUGUUGUACUCGAACCCAACCAUUCUGUACGCGCCGAACGGCACCGGAUCCGCCGCCCAACAGAUCAUACAGCGGGCCAACCAGACCUUUGAUCUGUUGGACAGAGUGACAAACUAUGCGCACAUACUGUUGAAUGUGUCCCAAGAGAUCGAGGACUACCUGAACCGUAACGACACUCAACACCAGUUCGAGACCGUCCGCAAGAUUCGCGAAGACAUUCUCCAUUUGCCGAAGAUAUUCCGCUUCUUGGAUUUGGCGCACGGAUUGGAACUGUUGAACCGCUCGAUCAGCGUUGGCGGCGAUUUGGACGAGUUUAAGGCCGAACUGCGGCUAAUACGUGAGGCCGCCUGCAGUUGGCUGUCGUUGACCAAAGAUAUCUCGCUCAACGUCUUCCGCGGCUUCGCCUCCGAGAAGGAUCUGAUCCAUUACUUUCAAAAACAGGCCUAUUUUGAUAACAUUACGGUCGUCGCCAGUGUGAUCUUUGACAUCGACCCCAACUCGACUUCAUUGCCACCGCAUAUCACAUACAAAAUACGCCAAAACGCGACAUUCACUCAGACGACGGCCAAAAUACGGGACCGAUUCUGGUCUCCGGGCCCGUCCUGGAGCUACAGUUACUAUAAGUUCGGUUUCCUAUGGAUUCAGGACAUACUCGAGCGGGCAAUGGUCAGCCUUCAGACCGAUCGUGAUGUGUCAGAGCCGGGCACUUACCUGCACCAAAUGCCGUACCCGUGCUAUAUAUCUGAUGAGUUCCUGUUCAUAAUCAGUCACGUGAUGCCUCUCUGUAUGGCCAUAUCGUGGGUGUACUCGCUAUCGAUGUUAGUCCAGUCGGUGGUCUACGAGAAGGAGCAGCGGCUGAAAGAGGUGAUGAAGACGAUGGGACUGAACUCGUUGGUGCAUUGGUUGGCCUGGUUUAUCACCUCAUUCACCCAGAUGUCCAUCACUAGUGUGGUGCUCACACUAAUACUCCGUUACGGUCUGGUGUUGACUUAUUCCAACCCAGUCAUCGUAUUCCUCUACAUCGAGAUCUUUGUCAUCGCCAACAUUGUCUUCUCAUUCCUGAUAUCGGUGUUGUACUCGAAGGCCAAGUUGGCGGCGGCGUGCGCUGGUAUCAUCUACUUCUUGACAUACGUCCCGUGCAUGUAUCUGGCCGUCCGCGAGGAGACCGCCAACGAUAAG